GCCAGCAGCACCGAGCUACGCGGCGUGAGCUGCGUGUUGAAAACACCUCAGAGUUUAAACAUGUGCUGCUAGUUCUGGUUCUGCGUUCUGUCCGGACCGAGCAGAACCGGGUCAGCAUGGGGAAGUGCAUCGUGUCGGGCUGUCCGAACCGGAUGGUGGCCCCCAACCGGCUUGCGUUGAACCGACCCACGCGGAGGUUCUUCAGGUUCCCCAGAGACCCGGACCGGGUGAAGGUGUGGCUGGCGGCGCUGAGGGAGACCGAUAAGGACCGUUUGGAGGAACACAUAAUCUGCGAGGACCACUUCCUGCCGGAGGACCUGUGUAAAGCCGGGAUCAGGGGCGACGCCAUUCCCAUCAUGCCCCCUUACCUGGACGGGCCGCUGGGCCUGGUGGGCUCCUGGAGCAGAGACGCCCUUCAGGAGGAGGCGCAGUGGUCCCCCGGACCGGAUCCACCAAAGCAGGAUUCAGGUGGCGGGGCUGAGAAACCAGCAGAACCUGAGACGACCCGUGAUUCUCCCGAAGCAGCUGUGAGGGUUGUCAUAGCAGACACUCCUCUGUCCCUGCUGACUCGGGGUUUCCUCGAGCUGCUGAUGGCGUCCGGCGAAGGCGUCGUCGACAUCGAGGAGGCGGCCAAAAACCUGCAGACCCUGACCUGCCGAGUCCUAAACAUCAUCGGCGUCCUGCGAGGCCUCGGCCUGGUCCAGAGGGAGCCGGGGAACCGGGUCAAGUGGAUAAAAGCGCCCGGGUGCAUCUGAUCGCUGAGCAGAACCCCAUCUUGGCGCUGACCUGCGAGGCGGACCCUGCGGACCCCGCGGCGUCGUUGCCCGCGGGCCACAGCAGACCCUUCACUCUGCUGGAGAGGAGCAGCGUCAGAAUCUUCUCUCUGCAUCGAGUGGGAGACCUGAGGAGACCCGAAACGAAGAAGAGGCCGCUCUGAGAGGAGGGAUGGAGGAGGUAAAGUUUUAAUAACCGUCCAGCAGGUGCAAAAGUUUUCACCCCCAGCUGGAGUCGGUUCUGGUCCGUCGGAUCAGGUGGAUCUUACUAAAACAGCUGAAAAGCUAAAUGUAGCAAAAAACAGUAGCUAAAGGAAAAUGGGCGGGGCUUCAAAACAAAGGGGGCGAUGUUCAGUUUUAACUUAAUUAAUCUGUAAAAUUAUUUAUAAAUCAAACAAAAAAACUCUUCAUAAUCCCAGAUUAUAAUCCACCUGUCCCUCUGUUUUAUCAUCAGAGGACAGGAGGACACAGGAGGACGAAGACACAAGGAAUUUAACCAGAGUUUCAGCCAAAAUGUAAAAACUCAAACAAUGGUCCAGAGGUUCUGAUUAGGUUUCUUCACGAGGUCCAGGUUCCUCUCGUCUUUGUAGAAGAAACCAAGAGGACACCUUCAGGUCCCUCUGGGACGUGCAGUUUGGUGGACGCCUGUGUCCUCUGGAGGAGACACGAGGCUGGAUGUGUUUUUUGUUUGGACGUUGACAGGCUCAGGUCCGGCUCGCUUCAGGACAAAAGGACUGGGACUUUGUCAAACGAGUCGAUCUGAAACUCAGACCUGCAGAGACAGGAAGUCCUGACUGGAUCGGGGAGUCCGAGGAGACUUAGACUUUGUUAAAGCUUGUAAACGCUCUGUGGACAUAAAUGUCCUGUUUGUCUUCAUGAUUUAUUUGUCUUAUUUCAGCGUGGACAGAGUCUCCAACGUUGACCCAUGAUGUUUGUUUGUUUUUGUUUGUGCUGGGGUUAGAGCUGACGCCUCUCAAAGAGGAGGGCCCAGGAUAUGAUGUCCCCCCUGGUGUCCCCCUGGUGUCCUCCCACAGACCAAAAA